GGGGUGGGAGCCGGCUGCUACCUUGGUCGCCUUCGAAACAGCAUCCUCACUAGUGGCAAAAAUGGCUAGUCAGUCCCAGGGUAUCCAGCAGCUCCUCCAAGCUGAGAAGCGGGCGGCGGAGAAGGUGGCCGAUGCCAGGAAGAGUGAGCCUCCUCUUUCCUCCUAGGAAUCUGGAAGGAGAGUUGAGGGCUCCGGGAGAGGGGACAUUUGAGUCCUUGGGGAAACCCAGGGAUAGGAGACAGAGCUGGGGACUGUCGAGCAUUUGGUUGAUGGACAGGAGGCCGAAUAACUUUCUGGAGGCGCCGAUCCCUGCUCACACACCUGGCUGUGUGUUGGGGUCCAUAUCUGUCCUUCUGCUUCCAGGGAAGGCCCGGCGACUGAAGCAGGCGAAGGAGGAGGCUCAAAUGGAGGUGGAGCAGUACCGCAGGGAGCGGGAGCAGGAGUUCCAGAGCAAGCAGCAGGCGGCCAUGGGCUCUCAGGGGAACCUGUCUGCCGAGGUGGAGCAGGCCACGAGGCGUCAGGUCCAGGGCAUGCAGAGCUCCCAGCAGAGAAACCGGGAGCGCGUCCUGGCUCAGCUUCUCGGCAUGGUCUGCGACGUCAGGCCCCAGGUCCAUCCCAACUACCGGAUUACUGUCUAGAACCACUGCUUAGGGAUACAUCCCUGGAGUCUCACUCCUCUGCCUGCUCCUUCCACAGAGAAAUGCAAGUCAAAAUCAUUUGUGUAGCAUGCACAGAGCCCGGGCUCAAUCCAUAGUCCCCCCACCUCACCCUAAAAAUCACUUCGCAUAAUAAUCUCUUCCUGGGUGGUGACAGAAUCCAAUAUGCUCCCGUGAGACUUACAAAUAGCCUAUUCCACCUCUGUGUUCUUGGACACCCACUGGAAACAGGAUGGACAGCCCACGCCGCCCUCAUCAGAUCCCUUUGGGAGCAUGUGUGUGGUGGCAGGCACCCAGACUUCAGGGGUGGCGGAUUUCUGCUCCUCUCCACCCCUGCUCCCUGCUGGCUGCAGUACUGGGACAGGAGGCCUCGGUGUCCUUGUAAGCUGCUUACCUGUCAGGUGUCUGCUGUGAGUCCUCCCGUGUAAGGAUUUAGCGUGGUUCUAGAUGGUAGUAGUGGCAAACCCGUGCUAUGACCCCACCCCUGGCUGGCCUGCCGAGUCCUAGCAAUGCUUCCUUGACUUUCUUCCUGGCACUCUAGUUCUGCUGUCAUUGUGACUCUGGUAAUCCUCUCAAGGAUCCCCUUCUCGUGCUCGCAAUGGCAGUCAUGACCCCUGGUGACGUCAUUAGCCCCUCAGAGUCCCAAGUAUAUUUUGAACCUCUCAGUAUUUGUCUUUGUCUCUUCGUUGGCUGGCCCCUUUUAUCUGCCCGCCCCCCAGCUACUGCUUUCGAGAGCCAAGUGACGCUGCGACACCACAAGCACAGACCCCGUUUUGUGCCCUCAGCACCUCACUUCCGUAUGUAAUUGCAGUGUCAAUAAAGCAGGGAUGGAUACGUUC